AUGUACGACUACGACGACACUGUGACCAAGGAUAGUAAGUACGACUACGACGACACUGUGACCAAGGAUAGUAAGUACGACUACGACGACACUGUGACCAAGGAUAGCAUGUACGACUACGACGACACUGUGACCAAGGAUAGCAUGUACGACUACGACGACACUUUGACCAAGGAUAGCAUGUACAACUACGACGACACUGUGACCAACGAUAGCAAGUACGACUGCGACGACACUGUGACCAAGGAUAGUAAGUACGACUAUGACGAAACUGUGACCAACGAUAGCAACUACGACUACGACGACACUGUGACCAACGAUUGUAAGUACGACUACGACGACACUGUCACCAAGGAUAACAAGUACGACUACGACGACACUGUGACCAAGGAUAGCAAGUACGACUACGACGACACUGUGAUCAACGAUAGCAAGUACGACUACGACGACACUGAGACCAAGGAUAGUAAGUACGACUACGACGACACUGUGACCAAGGAUAGUAAGUACGACUACGACGAUACUGUGACCAAGGAUAACAAGUACGACUACGACGACACUGUGACCAAGGAUAACAAGUACGACUACGACGACACUGUGACCAAGGAUAGCAACGACACCGUCACCAAUGAUAGCAUGUACGACUACGACGACACCGUGACAAAGGCUUUCAGGCGCGGCUACGAAAGAAAUUGA